GAGUGCGGUUUGUGUACAUCAUCAGUGGAUCCGCUGGAGGAGCCCCAUCGGCCGCUGCCUUUUCGACCCUUCCUCCUCCCUCUCCUCUGUGAAUCAAAGUCCAGAUUCUGGUGGUGAAAGUUCUGGGUCAACCAUGAUGAGAAUGAGUUCUGCAUUGCUGUGCUGACAGAAGAUGCAGUAAAAGAGACUUUUGUGGGCAUUUCCACAGGUGCUCUGCAUCUUGGUCACCAACAGCAAUCCCUUGACCUACUUCUGUCUGUGAAUUGGAAUAUCACAGGUUCUGUUGGACUGCAGCCAUCCAAGUAAAAUAUUCCUGUGGAAGAUACAGUUCCAAUUUAUCCCCCUUUUUUAUGUGAAAAAAUCCAUAAUGAAUCCUUAAGCUGCUGUGAUUUUUGAGUCAAUUGGACACAGGAAAAAAAAAAAUAUAAUUGAAUAUCCGACCUAAAAGCAACACCAGCUACAAUGUUGCCCAUAACCAUUGAUGUGGAGGAGACCAAGCUCCAUGUGCCAGUAAGCAGGACUAAAGUGAAGGAUCUCAUUGGCAACUUGUUCAGACUAAUCCUUUCAGACUCGGAUGCUCGUAAUCUCUUCUUUUUCCUUUUGCUAAACCUAACCUUUGCCUUCGUGGAGCUUGGCUACGGUAUCUGGACCAACAGUCUGGGGCUCAUUUCAGAUGCCUUCCACAUGUUCUUUGACUGCUCAGGGCUUUUAGUGGGCCUGGCAGCGAAGGUGAUCACCAAAUGGAGAGCCACAGACACGUUCACAUAUGGAUAUGUGAGAGCAGAGAUUCUUGGUGGGUUUAUGAAUGGGCUCUUGCUCCUGUUUGUCUCCUUCUUCAUCCUGGCAGAGUCGGUCGAGCGGCUCAUAGAACCACCUGAGGUUAAGCACGAGCGCCUCUUUGUGGUUUCUGUCCUUGGUCUCCUUGUAAACCUUGUUGGAAUUUUUGCAUUCCAGCAUGGUGGUCACGGACACAGUCAUGGGGGUGGUGGCCAUGGGCACAGUCAUGGAGGGGGUGGACAUGGGCACAGCCACGAUCAUGGACAUGGGCAUGGACAGGGUGCGCAUAAUGGUCAUGCAUCCCAUGGACACUCUCAUGGAGGUGGGGGAGGUGGCUCACAGAUCAUGCAGGGUGUCUAUCUUCACAUCUUGGCAGACACUCUGGGUUCUGUUGGAGUCAUUGUUUCCACCAUUCUCAUGCACAUGUUUGGCUGGAUGAUUGCUGACCCCAUAUGUUCCAUGUUCAUUGCCGUUCUAAUCUUUAUGAGUGUAUUGGGACUGUUACGGAACUCGAUAGAGAUUCUAAUGCAGAGAUCACCACGUGAGUUAGACGGAGCGCUGCCAGGCUGCUUCUACAAGAUCAGUGCUCUGCCUGGUGUGUUCAGUGUGCAAGAGCCACACUUCUGGACGUUAUGCACUGGACAGUACGUUGGAAAUAUUAAACUCGAAGUGUCUGCUGCUGCCGACCCAAGAUAUGUACUCCAGCAGUCAAGGGCUAUCUUUAAUGCAGUAGGUGUAACACAAUUAUAUAUUCAGUUAGACUACACCACUAUGUAGCACUUUUAGAUUGUUAACUGAUAUAUAAUUAAUUGUUUGUGGUACAGUCUUUUGGAGUAAGGCCGUCAAAACAUUUACUUAAGAAGACUGGGAAUGUUUGUGGUCGCAAAGCUAUUCUCAUGAUAACAUUUACCUUGUACAGUACAUAAUAAUCAAAUAUCAUGGUCACUCAUUUGUUUGAAUUUUCAGUACAUUUGUAAGUCGCUCCCUUAUUGUUUCUUUGGUCAUUAUGAAAUUGAUUUGAAUGGAAAAAAUCUCGAGAAAUAAUUGAAGACCCAAGUUAAAAUUCAAAGCCAUACAAUUGGGCAUUAAAUCUUUAGUCAAAACUGACUCUUCAGACAAUAAUUUUAUCCUUUUUUAAGACUUGGGUGCUCAUAUUGAUUGUAUUGCAGUUGAUUUAAACAUUGUUUUUUCUUUUUUUUGCAUUUGGCAUUGAAUAUCUUCUGUACAUUUACUGUAAGGCUUCUAAAGCAUUUUUUACCACAUCCAUUAUUUUUUCCCCUAAGAUACCUUAGAAUCUCAUUGUAAAAGGAAUCUUCUAACACUGGAGUGACCACUUGCAUUCUGAUAAAAGAGCCUGGAUCAUAUUUGGUGUAGUUUUCUUUUCAGAAGAAAAUUGAGUGUAAAAGAGUUCAGUUUUAUGUCAGUUUGCAUAGUUUGAAGAAUCAGGGAGCACUUGUACGAUGAAACUGUUUGAAAAUAUUUUAUAUUUAUUUGUGUGAAGUAGACUGAGUUUUAGAUAUAUAAGUUCCAUUGUUCUUGUUUAUUCUGUGCUCAUCUCUAAUUUUUUUUCAUUUCCUUUGGAAGUAACAAGAUAUGUUUUGUAAUAAUUUAAACAAGGUGUCUACAACUUCGUCAGUCAGUUCAGAUAUACGAGCACAAAAAAAUGUUGGUGUCCUGUCUUGGUGCAUACAUGGAGUGGGAUUUAUGAUGAUGUUUAAGGAAAUUUUGUGGUUUUGUAUAAUGGGAAGACCAAGAAAUAAAAUGCAUACAAUAAUGUGGUGAUGGGGGUAGUGAUAUGGCAGUAGCAUAAUAGGAAAUUAAUGUUAAAGCAAAGUGCCAAGCAACACAGAAAAGAGAAAUGCUUUUGUGAUAGUCUAUGUGUACUUAUCUUGCAAGUAUAGCACUGUAGAUCACAGCUGUUUAGGAAAUAUUCCAAUAUUCAGUUGCAAGUUUUUAUACAUGAUCACAUAUAAAAUAGCUAGUAAUAAAGGUAACCAGUUUGUUGAUGUAAAAGUAAUUUAUUUCAGUGAAAACAGUUAGAUAAUACUGUUUCCAAUUUAAGAUGCUUAAAAGACAAUGAAAUAGUGUGUUUAUUCUAUAUAUUUCAUGGCUCAGGUUAUAAGUGAAUUUGCAGAAGAAUUAACAGUGUGGUUCAAGUGUAUUUGAGGAAAAAUAAGAAGCAACUUGUGGAAAUGUAUGGAUGUGAUUUCUGAAGAAUUUACAGUAAGGGCGUUUCAAAGAUUAUUUAAUUAACAGCUGUAGACCAAAUCCUUUUAACACUAUUGCCAACGGACAAGUGCAAGAUCGUAAAAAGUUUGAGAGAAAAUGGACAAGGGCAAUUUAUUUCAGGAAACGGACAUUUACGAUGGUUCUCAAGUUGUGUAUAUUCAUACUGAGGUUGAAUACCAGUGCAAAGAAAGCUGUAACAUUAACUAUUGUACAUAAGAUCCUGGUGCAAGAAGAUUAUUUUUGUACAUGACCAUCCUGAUAAAAUAAAGCUUUACCAAGAGUAGUGAAGUUUAUAUGUACUUGCCGUUCUUGAAUAUAGUCUCUCUAUGAUUUAUUAUGAUACAUGGCUAAGAUUUAGUUCCUUCAUGUGUCUAUUUAUUAUUCACCAUGAAUGUUGUUAAAAAGUUGUCUUUGUGGUUUUUGAUUUUGCUCAUUGCCUGUUAUGUCCAAUUUUUUGAUUGGAGAGAAGGAUAGGGUAUCUAUGCUAGUGUGAAUGGAUAAUAAAGUUAUUAUGCUUUUUUAUAGAUAUUAAUAAGCCUGCCAAAUCCCCAUUCUCAUUCUCUCUCUCUCUCUCCCUUCCUUCCUUUUCUUUCUUUCUUUUUCCUCCCUCCCUUCCUUCUUCCCUCCCUCCCUCCCCCCUCCCCCCUUCUUCCCACUCUUGUAUUUCAGGGCAGUGCAAUGUGAUAUAGUGACACUGUAGACAUACGAUCUCUGUAGGUUAAAGUGAAAAGGAUUAAAUAUUGGAAUGCUAAAGAACACAUAAAAUGAGCAAGAGUGAGUUGAGAAAAAUGUUGAGUGUCAGAGACAACCUUCCUUCCUGCCUUUAUUUAACAUUCUUUGCAUUUAUAAAUGUUGCAUGUGUUGUACUCUGAUAACUGUUAAAACACUUUUUCUAAUUUUAUUUAUUUUUUUCAACUUUAUGGACUUUAUGUUGACUAUAUAAAGAAGUAUGUAUUGAGGUUAAUUUAAGGGCAGAGUUAACAGCCACUGAUAAAAGUCUGGAAAUUUUUGUGGAAAUGUCAGAAUCCAUUGGUCAUAUUCAUCACCGUUUGGGCAAGGGUAGCAGUGAAUUGGCUACAGUCAUGUAGACUUGCAAUGCUAAAAAGGAAUGUAAAAUUGUUAUACUAAGUCUUUACUUUGCAUGGUUAACAUACAUUUAUUUUAUGGCAAAUACAGGGGGAAACUUUUCUAUUUUUGUAUUCCAUUUUAAUAAAUGACAGAAUUGCAGACAAGAGAAAUGUAGCAUGGGGUUUGAGAGGGAAUGGGAUUUUUAUUGUCUGCAAUUGAAACUGUGAUAAAUUCCUUCCAAAGUAAUUGGCAUCCAGACUUUGAUUAUUGGGAUACUGUGAAUGAUAAAUGUAUUUUAUGUAUAUAAUAUAUAUAUAUAUCAAAGAAUAUAGAGAGACACAAACUGAACUUUUGUAUUCAUCCUCCUGUGCUACAGAAGGUGACAGAAAACCAUCAAGAAAUAUUGUAAAACCACCUGUCCUGUAGUCAGGUGUACACAUUGAAAGGAAGAACUAUUAAAAGUUAUGCUCCACCAGAUGUCUUCCGCUAUUCAGUUUGGUUCAGUGAGGGUAUUUGCUUUUGGGAAGUACCUUAGUAAAAGUGGAUUUUAUUUGUGAGGAUGUGACUAUUGAUUUCAAGUUUUCUGUUUGUAUUUAGAUAUUUUUAGAGAAUCUGCUGUUGAUUUUUUAUUGUGUAUUUUGUUACAUUCCUUUUGUAUAGGUGAUGGACCAGAAAGUAUAUUAAAGAUAUGAUAUUUUG